AUGACGAGCUCACCACCAGCUUCGCCUGGCAUGAUGUCGCCGCGUCCUAUGAGCGCCAUGGUCAAACCCUCGUCCCGAAGCGCCAGUCGGCUGAGUAUGAGCAGUAAGGCCGGCGGUGGAAGUAGAGCAUCUGACGAAGAAGCGAGAACAGCAGUCAAAGUCGCUAUACGCGUGCGCCCACCGUUGAAACCUACAGAUCCGGGCUUCGAACUUAUACCCCAACGAUUUCAACGUUCCAUGGUCCAAGCCACGUCCCAGACAAAUCUAGCCAUCGAAUCGCCUCAGGGCAAGAAGCUCUUUGUCUUUGACCGCGUUUUCGGACCCGACAUCAACCAGGAGGGUAUAUGGGACUACUUGAGCGAGAGUGUCUCUGCUUUCGUGCAAGGUUACAAUGUAUCAAUUAUGGCAUACGGCCAGUCGGGUGCUGGAAAGUCCUUUACCAUGGGCACGUCCGGCCCUGGUGACCAAGCGGAUUUGGAAGUCAUGGGUGUGAUUCCUCGAGCUGCAACGUCGCUUUUCGAAAAGCUAGAAGGCGCCCCAGUCAAGAACUCCAACCGUCAAUCCAUGUCUCAACUCAGAACACCUCAGCGGUACUCCAUGUCGCAAGCGCCAACCCCGAAAGCAGAAAAGAACUGGUCAUUGAAAGCAACUUACGUCGAGAUUUAUAAUGAGCAACUUCGAGACCUGCUGGUAUCAGAGGACACGCCUGUCCACGAACGAGGCAAUGUCACGAUUCGCGAAGAUACCAAAGGCAACAUCCUCCUGACGGGCCUGCGACAGAUGGAAAUCAAUUCCAUUAGCGACUUGAUGAAUGCCUUGAGUUUCGGUUCGACUAUCCGUCAGACUGAUGCCACCGCGAUCAAUGCGAAGUCUUCACGUUCCCACGCUGUCUUUAGCUUGAACCUUGUCCAGCGCAAGCCCAAGACCAGCACAGCGGCGGAGAAGCGGAUGUCAGUUCCCCUCGAGGCCAUGUCUGGAGCAGAAACUCUCGUCACCACCGACAGCAAGCUUCACUUUGUCGAUUUGGCUGGCAGCGAACGUCUCAAGAAUACGGGCGCCCAAGGAGAGCGAGCAAGGGAGGGUAUCUCUAUCAAUGCCGGUCUUGCCGCCUUGGGCAAGGUGAUUUCGCAGCUGUCAUCGCGUAACUCUGGCGCCCACGUGUCUUACCGAGACUCGAGGUUGACGCGACUCCUCCAGGAUUCGUUGGGUGGUAAUGCCAUAACGUACAUGAUUGCUUGUGUCACCCCGGCUGAAUUCCAUUUGAGCGAAACCUUAAACACCGUGCAGUAUGCACAGAGAGCACGUGCCAUCCAAAGCAAGCCAAGAAUCCAACAGACUGAAGAAGGCGACAAGCAGGCAAUCAUUGAACGUCUAAAGGCCGAAGUUGCAUUCUUACGGGAGCAGAUCCGCAGUGCCGAGCGUGGUGGGGGUGACCGACGCGGUCCCGUGGUAAGCGAGAGGUCCGAGCGACACAACGAGCGGGAACAAGAGCUGCAGAACCAUCUCUUGGACGUUCAGGAGAAUUACACAACUCUGAGUCAGCGCCAUGCAAGACUCAUUGCCGAGAUGGCUAGAGCGCGAGACAACGAAGCUGCUUCCGAGAACCAGCCAGAGCACUCGGAUGACUCGGCCACAGAACGGCUGAACCGCUCCAACUCUUUCGCUCAAGCAGUCGAGCAAGUUGUGCUAGAGUAUGAGAAGACCAUUCAGUCUUUGGAACAGUCUCUCUCCAGUACCCGCUCAACGCUUUCCACUACGGAAGGCAACCUGCUCGAGAAGGAGACAAAGUGUGCGUACGUUGAGACCAUCAACACGCAGCUUCAGGCUCGCCUCCAGAAACUGAUGGAUCGGGAAGCCAACACCGAGAACUAUCUGCAUGAUCUGGAGACGAAGCUCGAUGGCCAUACAUCCGGAGAGGAGAAAAAUGCAACCAUAGUCUCGGAGCUACGGAAAGAGAUUGUGCGCAUCCGUGAAAAUGAGGCUGCUUGCGAAGAUUACAUUUCGACACUUGAAGAGAGGUUAGCAGAGGCUGACCAGGACAGUGAGCUCAUGCAGCGUGAGAUUGAUCGCUUGGAGCAAGUUAUUGAGCGCCAGCGAAGUCUAGGCAAGCUGGACAACUUGCUUUACGAAUUGGACAACAUUCAGAAAGACGGCCCUGAGGCCGAGGCUAGCAACGGAGUAGGACACCGCCGCACAUUCUCUGAGCGAUCAACCAAGAGUCACGUCAGUCGGACUUCCGUCAGCCACGCGCGCCGCGAACUUCCCGAUGUUGGCGAAGAGGAGGCAGAGGAAGACGAAGACGCUGCCAAGGUUGCUCAAGACAAGGAGCGUGACUCUGCUGAAUCUGGAGAGCACUCUGGAGAAGAGUCCACGCUGGAUGUCAAUGAAAAGCCAUCAGUCGCCGAAUAUGAGCCGACGAGUCCUGCACAAAGCAAAUUUGUCGCCGAUAAGCUUGAGAAUGUGACGGAAGAGCUUAUUCAUCUUCGAGUGGAGCACGAGACAACCUUGAACGAAUACGACACUUUGCAGACCAAGUAUGAAGAGGCUCUGAAGACUUUGUCGGAGCUUCAGGAUGCGAUUGAUGAGGCUAAGCACCCCAGUCGCAACCGAGACUCCCUUCUUUCUGCCACAUCCCCAAACGAAACUCGCCCGCCGUCUUUUUUAUCCGAUGCCAAGACCAACGACACAAAGGAUGGGACCCGCUUCUCAUCGCGAUCGCUCUCCUCGGAGUUAUCCUCAGCUAUGGAAUCCCCAGCUACUAUCGAUUCUCCGAGUGAUGUCGAGACACCGAAGCCCGCAGAGUCUGUUGACUCUCCUACGCAGGAGAUUGUAGCUUCAGCGCCCGACACUCAAGACGAACUUUCUCUUGAGUUAGAGCAAUUGAAGUCGUUGGCCGCCGAGAAGGAGGCAGCGGAGAAGGAGCUCGCUGAGAAGUAUGCUCAGCUUGAGCAAAAGCACAGUGAGACUCUGGACAUAGUUGAAGAGUUGAAGACAGAGGUCGCAAAGGCGAAAUAUGCUGAGCCUCCCUCACCAAGAAGCGCCACCCCAGUGAUCCGUCGCAAAUCUAGUCAAAAUUUUAUGAUCAUUGACAGAGCGCACAGGUCGUUCGCUCAGCUGAGGAACAUUGCAGCAGAAAACUUUGAGGAACAGCCAGAUAAGAUGGAAAACUUUGAAGUGCAUCUCAAUGCCGCCAUGCACGAACUGCACUCCCGAUCGGAACGUAUCCAGGAACUCGAGGCUGAUGUUGCAAAUGCCAAGAAGGAGAUGGAGACUAAGAUGACCAUCAUUUCCGGCCUCACACGAGAGCGCUCCAGCUUGAAGGCCAGUCCCAUGGACAUGUCUAUGGUCUCUACAAUGAGGAACCAGCUCGAGCAGAACGAGAAACAGUUCAAGAAUCUUCAACAAGCACAUGCUACUCGCGAGUCCGAACUUAUGGCCGAGCUGGAAGCCCUUCGCAAGAACAUCCAAGAGACGGCAGAGACAAAACCGGUGGCUUCAGACGAUUCAGCCGCCAAAGAACUCUCUGCUGCCCAUGAUGAGAUUGUCGCUGCGCAGGUGAAGAAGAUCCAGGAGUUGGAGUCUGACCUGAGUGACUGGGAGAGCAAGCAUCAAGCUGCACUGCAGACAAUGCAGGCCACAGAAAGUCAGAUGAAGCAGACCAUUGACGAACUAGAGACUCAAGUUGCCGCAGUAAAUGAUAAGUUUACUCAAUCGCAGGACGGCACUCAGAAUCCUGAGGAGGCUAAGGACGCCGAGGACAAACACCAGGCUCUUAUUACAUCCCUCCAGAGUGAGAUUAGCGAAUACAAGUCCACGAUUGAUAUCAAUGCCAGCAAGGUGGCAGAGCUGGAGAAGGCACACUUGGCCACCAAGACUCAAUUGGAAGAAGCCACUCAAGCGCACGAUCUGGCCGCGAACAACCACAAGGACCUUGUCACCAAGCUCGAAUCUCAGAUCAGCGAACACGAGCAGACUCUCAAGACGCACCAGCAAAACCUUGAGCAGCUCCACGCCGACCAUGCCAAGGGCAUUGACGGCAUCAAAUCUAGUUCGCAACAAGAGUACGAAUCGCAACUUUCUACUCUUGUUAAUGAACACGCCGAGAAUGUCAGACUCCUGGAGAGCGAUCUUGCUGAUGCGCGAGAGGAACUUUCUACAAUUGCUAGUCAAGUUGCUAACACACUUGGUGUGGAGGCGAGCAUUGACAAGAUCAACGAGAAGAUCGAGGAGCUUCUUGCUGACCAGAAAAUGCUGCUGGGCGAGCAAGAAAAGAAGGCCGAGCUCGAGAUCCAUGUCAAUGAGCUGUCUUCUAUUAACAACACGAUCAUGCGCGACCUUGAAACCGUCAAAUCUGCGCUGAACGAUAUGCUCAAAGCGGACGGCGAAAACAUCAAGAGCCCAUAUCCCUCCGUAGCUGAACAGGUUGCAGCAGUCACGAAGAGGCUUGGCGACCUGGAGAACAAGAACAAGAAGCACUCACGCCUAGUAGAAGAGCUUGAGGAUCAGCUUCAGACCAACUAUGACCAAGCUCAAAUCACCAGCAACCGUCUCUCAACAUUGCAGUCUGAGCGUCAGGCACAGUUUGAGGAGAUUGCAGCAGCACGUAUCAAGGCGCAGGCCGAUCUGGAUCAGCUUCGCGAAGAACAUGCGGCUCUGCAGACUCGUCUGGAGCAGACAGAAGGUGUCCAAAGAUCCAACUCUUUGAACUCACAAGUCCGCAGGAGUGCAUCGCACACAUCGCUGCCAUCUCCUCCUCCUGCCAUUCCUCUGCCACCUUUGCCCGGCGGUGGUUCCACUUCUCCUCCGCCAGGUGCGUCGCCUGGUAGCGGGCGACCGCAGAGCAAUGAUUUGGCCAUGGCCCAGAUCAGAGAAGACCAGGAUGCUCGCAUUCGUACGAUUGAGCGUCAUCUGAACGCAGAGAAGCAGCUGACGUCGACUCUUGAGGAGGCUCUCACAGAUCUUGAGAGACAAUCGAACAAGGUCAAGGCAGACUGUGAGGCCUGGCGCAAGCGGGCCAUGGAGCUCGAGGGCGAGGUCAAGGAUCUCAAGGACAAGCCACAGAAGGACAGCCGCUGGCGCGACAGUCUCCAGCAGGUCGAAGAGGAGCGCAAGAAACGCCAAGACGCCGAGAGAGCUGCCGCUCAUCUACAAGAGCGGAUGGCAGCCAUCAACCAGAAGAAAAAGAAGAAGGGCAGUCUCAAUUGCUUCUAG